AAUCAGUGAACCAGAUUGCUGGUUCAUUUUCAUGGACCGUUCAAGUGAACUUGUUCAGAACUAAAUGAUACAACUCUAACAUUUACUGCGUUCGGUGUGUGCGAUAAAAGUAAAAAUACGAUUUUCAGCAGUAAAGAAUUUAAAAAGUUUAGAAAUUAUUAUUAAAACACAUGAGAGCAAUAUAGACAUACAUAUGUGUUCACAUCAAAUCAAAUGUGAGAGAAGCGUCAACCUAACAACGCGUAAAAAGAAUGUUGCGCAGUGCGCUAGCAAUUCAAUCGAGCCCUGUAAAAGAAAAAGGCAACAGUCAAGUGCGCGAGUGUGAGUGUGUAUAUACGCUAGCAUAUGAAUAAACACAUAUAUACAUAUGUAUGUAUAUUUACUUGACGAAUUCAGUGCCUUACUAUCGAGAUUUGGAUAUCUAUCGUAUAUUAAAUACUCAUUGAAAUAACAAUCCACCGCCUAAGGAAAGUGCAAGUAUUCAUUGCAAUUCGCUUCAACAUUUGGAUUUAUUUUUGUAAAAAACUUCGCACAUUACUCUAUGGAUGACCCAUCAAUCAAAAAGCGAUUGAUUGAUUUUGGUACCGAUGACCAUGAGUACGAUGAAGUUCAGGAGCUACCAGGGGAAUCAAACAAUCCGUUAUUGCAGCCAACAAACGCGUCACAAAGUAGCAGCAGCACUGGUGACAACCCUGGCACAGCCGAAGUUGGCGGCACAGCGACAGCUAUUGUGGAUACGCCGCCAGUGUUGCCACCACCAAAGCAGAAAUCUGUAAAGAAUUCAAAGAACAAACAAAAGCAAAAAGCCAAUAAAUCAAAAAUACCACGAUCCCCGUCCUUGGCCAGUAGUUUGAGCUCCUUGGCCAGCAGCUUCAGUGGCAGCCAUAGCAAUAGCAACAACAAUAACAGCAACAACAAUAACAACAACAACAAUAGCGUCCCACCGCAGACGCCGCCGUUGCCAACCAGUUACCAGCAGCAGAAUAAAAAGAAGGCGAAACAUAUGAAUGGUGCGGAUAAUGAUGGCGGUGCAAGUGCUACUCCGGUGGCCGCACCCAUCACCAGCCCCGCAUUGUCCAGCAAUCCCCCGGAUCGCAAGAGCAACGGCAGCAAUAACAACAAUGGCAAUAAAGCGGGAUCUGGUGAUGGCGUUAGCGUUGGCGAUGUCAACAAUCUGGAGACGACGCCAUGCUCAUCGGGUAACCGGCGACCCACGAUACAGAUAACUCCCAUUCCCCAAGUGACGACUCCAACCACUCCAAAUCCAGCAUCACCAAAAAACUUUCAGUAUUUAACAUUAACUGUGCGCAAGGAUGAGAAUGGCUACGGCAUGAAGGUCUCCGGCGACAAUCCGGUUUUUGUGGAAAGUGUUAAGCCCGGUGGAGCAGCUCAAAUAGCUGGCUUGGUUGCCGGCGAUAUGAUUUUAAAGGUUAAUGGACAAGAAGUGCGGCUGGAGAAACAUCCAACUGUGGUCAGUUUGAUCAAAGCUUCCACAAUUGUUGAACUGGCUGUUAAACGAAGUCAUAAGAUGACACGACCAACCUCUGUCGGCAUUGUUCCCACCACUCCGAUACUCUCUGGACGUGAUCGCACCGCCUCAAUUACUGGCCCACAGCCCGUCGACAGCAUAAAGCGUCGGGAAAUGGAGACGUAUAAGAUCCAAACUCUACAGAAGAUGUUAGAGCAGGAGAAACUGAAUCUCGAGCGUCUUAAAGGCGAUACAAAUAACCCCAGCUAUAAAGUGUCGGAGGCAAACAUUCGGAAGUUGCGCGAGCAAUUGCGCCAGGUGGGGGCUGAGGAUACACCAACAAUAAAAUAUCAAGCAGCUGCUGCAAGCGACAAAAAUUCCGAAUUACUAAUGCACAAUCAAAUUCUAAAUUUGUCUGCGUCCUCCGUUACACCUCAUCACAAUCAGCAACAUCACCUUCACAACAACAACAACACGAACAACAACAACAAUCAUCACCUCCAACACCACCACCAACACCAGGCUAGCGCACCACAGUCACACCAAACACAACAUUCAUCACCUGCAUUCCUAUCGCUAUUGCCACGUUCGCUUUCGUCACUUUCGCUGGGAACGCGAAAGAAUAAGAUCGAUAAAGACUUCGUAUCAUCGCCAUUAAACCACACAACGGACCUGUUGCCCCAUCAACGAACCGCGGAUGUCAUCAAUUCAAUGACCCAGUCUCUGCAUCAAGGAUUGCUCCAGAGUGUCCAGCGAAAUUCGCAGCAACAACUCGUGUAUCAGCAGCAACAGCAGCGCCUGAAGGAGACAUUGAAACCGAACUCGGGAUCGAAGAGUAAAAAUAAGUUUUCCAUCUCAAAGAGUUUGAUCGAAGAGGACAUACCGCCACCGUUGCCACAAAGGAAUCCGACACCGCGUCAGUUAACCUUGGAUUUUGGCAAUAGCAGCACUAUGCAUUUGUUUGCUCCCAUCUCCGAUCUGGAUCGAGCUGGCAGUCCGCAACGCAAUUCGCCGCAAUCAAAGACAUUAACUGACAGUCCUGCCAAUGUCAAUAACAAUAAUAAUGGCAGCAGUGGCAGUGCCAAAGCGAAACGUUCCAAAGUCAAGACAAAAGCUCUAUCCGAUCCCAAAAUGACGACACAAAUGUUUUUGCAAAUGGAAACGGCGAGUGGUGGCGGCACAACAGCUGGUGCUACAACUGCAGAUAUGGCUGGCAAUAGUGGUAGCAAUAUCGAUGGGGAUUGUGUGCCACCGCCAUUACCACCGCGUCAGCCGGGCAUGUUGUCCGAGGAGAGUAAUCGCGGAAGCUGCCAGAAUCUCAACAGCGUUCGAGCGCAACCAAAUUCCCUAGGUACCGUAUACAAUUAUCCACUUGUUUCCACCUGCACUGCGGUGCAAAGCGACAAUAUGAAGGCAGCUUUUCCACUGUCGCAGCGACCAAAUAUAGUCAAGCAGUUGCAGCAGCACCAACAGCAGCAGCAACAACAACAACAACAGCAACAUCAGCAGCAGCAGCAACAACAACACGCCGGCACUGCAGCCUUAGGUCAAACCCCGCAGCUAGCUCAAAUGAAGCAUAGACGCGUUGGUUCUUCCCCGGAUAAUAUGCAUCCCAGACAUCCAGAUCGUUUGGUGAAAACCACUUCCGGCUCUUGGGAGAUUGUCGAGAAGGAGAAUGAGAUAACGCCACCGGGAACUCCGCCGCCGCCUUACUUAACCAGCUCCCCUAUGCCCGUACCUGAAGAUCCGAACGAGAAUUGCGCUGGCGGUGCGGGCAUUUUUAUAGAAUCACAUCACUUUACGCCAAUGGCUUGUGCUACGUCGCCAUCGCAACAGAAUCUACAUUCCAGCCGCAUUCAAGCGGCUCAAUCGACAGACACACAAAAGGAGAUUAUUUCCAUGGAGGACGAAAACUCUUCCGACCAGGAGGAACCAUUCAUUGACGAAAACGGACCGUUCAAUAACUUGACGCGUCUGCUUGAAACCGAAAACGUUGUUUUCCUUGCGGUCUUCCUCAACUAUGUGCUUUCCAAUUCAGAACCAGCUCCACUUCUCUUCUACUUAAUAACUGAACUGUAUAAAGAGGGUACGUCCAAGGAUAUGCGCAAGUGGGCCUAUGAGAUACACUCCACAUUCCUUGUACCACGUGCACCGCUGUCCUGGUAUCGCCAAGACGAGUCAUUGGCAAGAGAGGUCGAUAACGUACUACAGUCGGAGUUCGAUAAAGUGGAAAUAUUGCGUACAGUCUUCCUGCGUAGUCGCAAGCGUGCCAAGGAUAUAAUCAGUGAGCAGCUAAGAGAAUAUCAACAGAAACGAACUGCCGGACUAGGCACCAUUUAUGGUCCAACCGACGACAAGUUAGCCGAAGCAAAGGGUGACAAGCAGCGUGAGCAAAUCGUUGACAAAUAUCUGAUGCCCAAUCUGCAAGGAUUGAUUGAAGAGUUUGAAAAGGAUUUGCCUCAGGAAGAUGCUCGAAAACUUGCCCUAUGCUCGGCACUUUCAACGGUCAUACAUCGCAUAUUUACCACACGUUCGCACCCAAAUAGCAUUGUGGAUCGUGUUCAUCAUUUUGUCAGUCGUGAAAAGAGUUUCAAAUCUCGUCUAAUGGGCAAAACUCGAAAGAUGGUUGUACGGGGUCAUCCGCUAGUAUUACGUCAAUACUACGAAGUGACGCAUUGUAAUCAUUGUCAAACGAUUAUAUGGGGCGUAAGCCCGCAAGGUUAUCAUUGCACAGACUGUAAAUUAAACAUUCACCGUCCAUGCUCGAAAGUUUUAGACGAAAGCUGCCCUGGGCCACUUCCCCAAGCAAAACGACACCCGCAUAACGACAACAAAAUCAGUAAAUUCAUGGAUAAAAUAAGACCUCGUACCAGCGAUUUUAUAGCAAAUGAAAAACGUGCUCGACAGGAUGAGGAUAUGGAUGCAGAUUUAAGCAAUGAUCGUGUGCAUUCAUCGUCGAUUGUUCGCCAACCAUCGGACCGCAGGCCGGACGUGAACAUAUCAUUGCGAUCGAACGGCAAUGCAUCCUGUAACACAUCUCUGCUCAAUAGCAGCGACCUGCACAAUUCAUUUCCCGCCGUAAACAAUGCCAAUGCGGAUACUCCUAGCGCCAGCGGUGGCUUCUCCGAUCUUACAACAAGUGCGGGAUCAGGAACUUUAGCUAAUUGCCUAGCAGGUGGAAUUGGUUUGCCGGCGACUGGGGAUUUGACUACACAGGAUUCAGUGGAAAGCAAGGAUGUCCGCAGGGAAAGCUUUCAUCCUCAGCUCAAAAGCGCACCUGUUUCUGUUAAUCGCUCGGAAUCGUACAAGGAGCGCUUGUCGAACAAGCGAAAUCGCAAUAGUCGUCGUAAAACCUCAGAUCCAAGUUUAUCAUCGCGCAACAUCGAUGAUCAACCGGAUGUGGGCCUCACGAACUCCAAUUUUACGGGAAGCUCCAACUCAAGUCUCUCUUCGAACGAUGGAUCUGAUAGUGCCAGCAUAUCGAUGGAACAGGUUGCUGGAGGUAUUUCAGGACCAACAAUUGGUGCUCAAGCCACAUCCAGUUCCGCACAUCUCCACCAGCACCCUCAUCUGAUAAUACAACAGAACGCGAAUCUACACAGUCAACAAGACUCGUUCCAAGGCAGCGUAGGAAGCAGCAGUAGUGCCAGCAAUGCCAGUUUCUGGAAUGCUGGUCAGCCUCAGCUUCAACGACAAUGGAAUUUUGAUAGCGACGAUGAUGAUGAUUUAAAUGAGGCCGACUGGAGUUCUGUAGUCAAAGUUGAGAUGCUCGCAACUCUAACCGAUGCUGAGAAGAAGCGUCAGGAAAUUAUCAAUGAGAUCUAUCAAACGGAACGCAAUCAUGUUCGUACUCUCAGAUUGCUGGAUCGUUUGUUCUUCUUACCACUUUACGACAGUGGUCUGCUCUCUCAAGAACAUUUGCUGCUAUUGUUUCCACCCGCAUUGCUAUCGUUGCGUGAACUGCACGGUGCCUUCGAGCAAAAGAUCAAGCAACGUCGGGUCGAACACAAUCAUGUGGUGCAGCAUAUGGGUGAUCUAUUGUCGGAAAUGUUCGAUGGACAAUCUGGUGAGAUUCUGUGCGAGCAUGCGGCUCAGUUUUGUGCUCGUCAACAAAUUGCGCUUGAGGGUCUCAAAGAAAAACGUCACAAGGAUGAGCAAUUGCAGAAAUUGCUUAGGAAAUCAGAGUCGCACAAGGCUUGUCGUCGCUUAGAGCUUAAGGAUUUGCUACCUACGGUAUUACAGCGACUAACCAAAUAUCCUCUGUUGUUUGAGAAUCUGUACAAGGUAACACUUCGAGUGCUGCCUGAGAACACAACUGAAGCAGAGGCUAUACAACGCGCUCUUGAGUCCUCUAAGAAAAUUCUCGUCGAGGUUAAUAAAGCGGUAAAGACAGCCGAGGACGCACACAAACUGCAGAACAUACAGCGAAAAUUGGAUAAGUCAUCGUACGAUAAGGAAGAAUUCAAGAAACUUGAUCUAACACAACAUCGUCUUGUGCAUGACGGAAAUUUGACAAUGAAAAAGAAUCCUAGUAUUCUGCUUCAUGGGUUGCUAUUUGAAAAUAUGAUUGUUUUGCUUACAAAGCAGGACGAUAAGUAUUUGCUAAAGAAUCUUCAUACGCCGAUGACAGUCAGCAAUAAGCCUGUGAGUCCCAUCAUGAGCAUCGAUUCGGAAACUUUAGUACGUCAGGAAGCUGCAGACAAGAACUCAUUCUUUCUAAUCAAGACAAAGACCUCACAAAUGCUUGAACUGCGUGCGCCCAGCAGUUCCGAGUGUAAAACAUGGUUUAAGCAUAUUUCUGAAGCUACAGCGCAACAGUACAAGCCUCGACCCAAGAACACCAACAGUCAGGAUGCAUCUGUCGAUGAUUCGAUUAUUGCCACAUUGCCGCAAUCACAGCACAAGGAGUCCGUGGAUCCUGCACCCGAUCGUUCUCAUCCGGUCAGUGCCACAGCAACGGUCACAACAACUCCAUUGGCUCCAAUACUACCGAUAGCUGUGGUAACGCCACCGAUCUCGGCAAGCAGUGAGAAUGGCUCGAGUAAUCUGCGUCGCGAUAGCACACAGAGUGAUAACUCUGGCUAUUACAAUAUAACAGCUAAGCGACGUCUUAGCCAAAACGAUACUGGACCAUCGGUUAGUCGAACGAUGUCGACCCGCAGCUGCGGUGAACCCAACAACAAUUAUCCAAAUGCUGGCCAGGACUUGGCUCCUGUUGUGUUGCGCCACACCCAAUCGGCAAGGGAGGCUGGCAGCGGCGGCAAUGACACGAACGCUAAUGCGAAUGAGGAUCGUGCAACGACCUACGGUCUGGUUGGUGGCCAGUCGAAGCGUGACAGUGCAAGCAUUGUUUGUUCGAAUAAUUCAAAUAAUACACGAACAUUGCUAAUGCAGUCACCGUUAGUUGAUCCCACUGCAAUUCAGAUCAGCAUUAGUCCAGCUCACACAGCUGAACCCGUGCUGACGCCGGGCGAGAAACUGCGUCGCUUGGACGCUUCCAUUCGGGACGGAUUGAUAGAGAAACAGCGAAUUAUAUGUGAUAUCUUCCGCUUGCCAGUUGAGCAUUUCAAUGAGAUUGUCGAUAUUGCUAUGUUGCCAGAAGCACCCAAAGACUGCGCUGAUGUCGCUUUAGCUGCUUACGAUCAAGUGCGGAUACUGACCAAAAUUUUGAAUGAUUACAUGCAUGUCUCGCCGGAACGUGAGAUCUCAGCCGUGUCCACAGCGGUAUGUGAUCAUUGCCAUGAAAAGGACAAGUCCCGCAGGACUGCAAAUAGAUCUCCACCCCCGCUGCCACCGCCGAACAAACAACAAGCACAGGGUCAACACCGAACACCGCAGCUAAAACGGAUUCCCAAGCAAAAAGCCGCUGACAUCGAGGAAAUCGAGGUGGCAAUACAUGAAGAUGAUGACGGAUAUUGUGAAAUUGAUGAGUUGCGCUUGCCUGCAAUUCCAACAAAAUCACCAGAUGUCUCCACUCCACUUGCACCAUUCAAGUUCGCAGUUGUUCCACCCGCUGAGAAUAGCAGCAGCAAUCCGGAGACGACGACAAAGCGACAGAGCACAAUUAGUGUUGAUAGCAUUCCUGAAGAAUCCGCUGAUGACCUACAAAAGGGCUUGGCUAGCGAGACAAAGUUACCAGAGGUAGAUCCCGUACUUGAGGCUCCCACAAAUGUGGAAGAAAAGGAAGUUGAAGCCGUAGCUGUUGACCCAAAAACAUCAACGAAGACAACAGAGAAGAUCGUUGACUCUGCAACUGCUGUUUCUGUUGAUGGAGGAGAUCAAGCUGCAGAUACUGCAGACAAAAGCGAUCACAUUGAGAUCAACGAUGUGUAUGAUACUUUGGCGGCACUUAACAAAGCCCACACCACAUUGUCCAUGAUCGACAACUCCACGCAGACAGCUGUGCCUUUGCCAUCCACAUCUGGUGUGGAAAAGGCAGUUGUUACAGCUUCCACUGCUUCGAGCAGUGGGACUCAGUGUGGACUCAACCGAAUCCAGCAUGCCAGCUCUUUGGAACCAAGCGUACCUUGUCAUGCUCUUAGCGGCAUUGUAAAUGUUCUAAAUGAACAAAUUUCGCUGCUUUUGCCCAAAAUCAAUGAACGCGAUGUGGAGCGAGAGCGAUUGCGUAAAGAGAAUCAACAUCUACGUGAGCUUUUGAGUGCAAUGCAUGAACGUCAGCGAGUUGAUGCACUUAAGGAAACUCCAACCGAUAUCCUGACUAUUCUGCAAGCGGCUGAUGCAGAAUUCGAAGAUGAUAUUGAUGCCAUUUCCAACACAUCCCUAACACCGACACCCACGCCUUUACCUACAACAGCUUCUGUCAGCGACAGCACUCUGGAGUUACAGGAUCUUCCAGCAGAAAUGGCUACCGAAUUUUUGGAAUCGAUGUUGAGCAAAGAAAAUGUUGACGAUGAAUUGCAAUUGCUGGCUGGCUCCUAUAAGCUACCUGAAACACUAAUAGUGGCCGUAAAGAAGUACAAGCUGGACCAGGAAAAGGAGCAGAAGCAGGAUCAUGAACAAAUCAACAACGUAAAAAACUAACGACAGAAGCCAUUUCAAUAAUAUCCAUUUUGGAGUAGAUGAUUCUAUGGCUUAUUAUUACUGUGGUGUCCAGAGCUCCUUCCUCAUGCAAACAUCAUGUCUGGGAUUCUGAAGUUCUAUGUUCUUCGAGGAGACACAACUCUAGUGUCUUUGUUUCGCUGCGCCAUUGUCCAAUUGAAUUGGCAGUGUUUAUGUUAAUAUAUAUAGCCUUUUUUAAAUUAAACUUACUUAUUAAAGCUGCAUUUGCUGCUUUAUCAAGUGGUAAGCGGAUGGUGAAAAUAAGUUUUGAAUUAAUAUAAAUACAUAAAUAUAUUCCAUAUAGCGACAUUAAAUAAAUCGAUAAAGUUGAUAA